UUUUUUUUUUUUUUUUUCGUUAUUACGGGAAAGACCACAUUAAAAAGGGAUGGACCCUGUUGGUGCUGGUUUAUAUGAUGCAUCCCCGGCCUGUCUCGGCCGGCUACCACAUCGGACUGGGUACGUAAAAAUAAAUAGAGGUAACAUGAGAAGAUGCGCAGGCAAGAAAAGGUCCGCUCGACCCUAGUGCCAAGGAAAAUGAUCUGCCGGGCAUUGCUGUGCAGGCAGGCCAUCGACGACCUUGUCGAUGUGUCUCGACCAGGCUGCAUCUCAUCUCGGAGCGGCUGGUAGGGCCAGGUGAGGCAACUCGGCCUUUUCUCUCUCUUUUUUUCCUUCCUUUUUUUUGUCACUUGUCGGUCACGAUCUAGAGCGAGAUGACGCAUCCAUGAUCGUCGUCAAGGGGAGAAGAAAGGGGGGGACGGGAAAAAGAAAAAAAAAAAAAGAAAAUAGUGAUCAGAGGGAGCCCAGCAACUACCGAGAAGUUCAUCGUAUCGGUAAUACCGUCUACGCCCUCUCUCUGCCAGCACCACCACGCAACACCACACGCAGCAGCACUCGCCAACACUCGCCAACAGCCAUAUCCAUGCAAGUAGAAUUCGUAGACGAGACACUCGUCGAUGCCCAAGUGCGCGUAAUGUCAUGCACACAGAGGGAUGGGCGAAUGGACGGGUGGGCGGAUGGGUGUACCUACGCGUGCGUGCGUGUGGCGUGGAGGCGUGCGUGUACUGCGAUCGUACCUACAUAUGAAAAGUGUCGUCUCAUGCAAGCCGGAGAAGGGGAGAAGGAAGAGAAGAAGCAGACCAAGACGAAGGGCCUAGCCGUUCGUUCUCGCUGUCCUAGCGUGGCAUUCGGACAGAGGAAAAAUCGGGUGGACAGGCCGAGUCUCCCUCGCCUAUGGGGGGAGGCUAUGCCAGGAUCGUAUGACUCGGCGGGCCGCAUCGACGAAAGGAUGGAUGGAAUGGAUGGAUGUGUUCGCAGGUAUCUCGUGUCUUUUUCUCUUCCCGUCCUUCUCUUCCUGUUUUCCGUAUGCGUCUCGCUCUGGUCAGACCCGAGACUCGUAGGGAGAAUCGGGAAGGAUAGCGAAGGUAGGGUAGGGAGGGAGAUAAUAGGUCAGCGUUAGGGUAGGACGUUAAAAGGCCGCCCCUGUCGGUGGGUAGUUUUAAUGCCUGACCCUUCCCGAAUUCGGAGCCGCUUACAGGGCAGGUCAGGCCACAAUCCCACUGUUUUUUUCCCUUGCACGCUUCACCGGGGCCCUGUGUACCUGACCUAAUCCAUCUGUGUAUUUCUGGUCCGCCGGGGAAAACGAGAGAAGAAGGGGGGGGAAAGAGGAGGAGGAGGAAGAGGAGGAGGAGAGGGAGAGAGAGAGGGAGAGGGAGCGGGAGAGGCAGGAGGACAGACACCGGUGACCAGGCGGUAGAGGCAGAGGAGAACGCUAGCGGGCUCGACUCCAAACCUGCUGCCAGAAGCAGCCCAUCUGCUAACAUGGAUCUGCCGGCGUUGGAAAUUAAAGCACACACCACACGGCAGCAAUAGAAGGGAGGUGUUAUGAGAGAAGAGGCCGAGGCGAGUAUUAUUAGGUAUCAUUAUACAUG